GGCUACUGAAAGUGGUAGAGGAGAAGGCACAGGAAGAGCAACAACAGGAAGAGCAAGUGGCAGAGGUGUUCCAGCUCAAUCACAUGAAAAUGUUACAAACACAGAGACUGUAAAUGGUAGAGGUAGAGGUAGAGGUACAGGUAGAGGAGCAGGAUUAGGAUCAGGAAGAGAAAUGGCUCAAGAAAGAAAUGUGAAUGAAGGACUAAGUAGAGGAAGAGGAAUGACUCAACAUAGUCAAACUAGUUCAGAAGCAAACUACAGUAGAGGAGGCCUAGGAAGAGGGAAGAUACCAGUAGAACAUGAAGACACUAGUGGAGGACAAACAAGACCUUUUAAAAGGCCAAGAAUGGUAGGUGUUGGCAUAUACCAAGCUAAAGAUGGAUUUACAACUCUCAAUCCUGGAUUGCCAAGUAGAAGAGUCAUCAAUACUGGUACAAAAGUUACAAAGAGGGCUGAUGUUGUCACUGGUGAUAUUGGCUACACACCAGUACGUGGAUUCAAAUGGAAGGGGAAGACAACUAUUACCAGUAGCAACCUGGAAAGAAUGAGGGCUGAAAAGGUUAUCCAAACUAGGUCUGUAGCUGCUGCUAAUGCUGCUAAUAGCCAAGGCCAAACAACUUCAAGUAGAAAAACUUCUGUGCCAUGGAAGUAGGGCAUUUUGAUGUUGUCUUGUUCAUUUUGACAAACAAAAUUUAACUAUGCAUAUAUUUAUGUUGUUUUUUAUUGGAAACAAACUCAAUUUUGGGUGUAACCAAACAAACUUGAAUGGUUGGAAUCAAACUCGAUUAUGAA